GACAAUCUUCGGUGGAAACUCGUAGCAGGUACCAGCGAUUCAUACCCUGGUGUAGUCAGUAACAAGUAGGCAGGAAAACAUGGUAAACAACACCAACUCAGUCCAAGUCCAGAGCUCAGUCUGCAUUCCGUACGUCCCUGCUGCUUGGCCAAAGAACCAGUGUACAGUCUAACGCAACUCGUCGACGAUAACCAGCUGUGGUUGAACAGCAUCGACAGGAGGAUGCAUAUGAUGAAUGAAUGAACGAUGAGUGAAUGGUAAGUGAGUGAACAUAGGUUGGCGGACUUGAAGUUAGCCGCCUGCAUCUGAAACUCGAUCAGGGUUGAAGGGGGAUUCGAGAUGAUUAAGAAACAGCGGGGGCCAAGUAGAUAACAAUUAAGAAGAGACAGACAUAGGUGCAGACGGUAUGCACAAACUGCUAGCGAGUGGAGGAUAUGCCGUGUUUCCCAACCGAGGGUGGUAACGACAGAGCAGACAUGUAAAAGUCACCCUAGUGUUUGUCACGUAUCAGAGGGAGCUGAAUCUUCGGAUCGAGUGAUGGUGCCUGAACCGGGAGCCUACCUACGCAGCGAGGGAGUGGAAAUUCUUUCGAGGCACGGGUUGCGAGGGAGAUGAGGCAAUAGAUACUUUGUCGAAAGUUUCUAUACAUGACGAAAAUUUCGGCUCGUUGUGAAUCUUUGUGCGUUUGCAAAUGGCUUGCAAUUCAGACACAAAAUUUGCGCAUGUGCAAACAAACAGCUUGCUUCCGUUCUAGCUGCAAGUGCCCCUGGGUUUCGUGAGCGAAAUGCACAGUGGAUGUAUGGACCUAGACAGGAAGAGUAUGCGAGAGGUAGCGAGAGAAGAUUUAACACCGAGUGCUGAUGAUGACUCCGGCCGCUGAAAGUUGAGGUAUGAUGGACGAGCUCUUUCGGGAUGCUGCUGCCGCUGAUGGUGGGAGCUCUCGCUCAGUCAACUCUGGGCGGACUGCUGGAUUUGCUGAGCGUUGCAUGCGACAGCACUCAAGGUUGUUGUUGCUUAUUUGAAAGCUGAAUCAAGUUCUAGCUCACCUAAAUUCGUUCGUUCGUUCGUUCAGCAGAGCUCUGCUAUGCUGUGCUUUGGUCCGUUGCGCUGAGUUCUCCACGAUCACGUAAGCUGGAAUAGUGGUGAUGGUACCAGCAGCAGCAGACUGUGUGGAAUGAGCAUUUGUCAUGCACAUGUACCCGGAGCUUCCUGCACGUUAGCCGCUUGCCGUUGGAGGUUGAGCUUAGAAAUCGCAUCCAACUCGUUAUCCAACUAUCAAAAUAAACUGAUCUCGGCGCACGGUCGUGCUGUACUCGCCACAUCAGCUUUUCUUCGUAAGCACUGGUCAGACGUCUGCAUACAACAAACGAUGUACACGUUAGGCCCAGUGGAAGUGGAGCUUAACGUCUCAGCUUACAGACUCUGGGCGGCUGUUAAAGACAUGGAAUCUUUACUCCCGAGAGUCAUGCCAGUGCUGAGAGCAUCCGUAGAGAUCGAAGGUGAUGGAGGAGCGGGCAGCAUUCGGUAUAUCAAGUUCCCAGCUGAUGUGUCAACCAAAAUAUUCUCAAUAGAACGCAUUGAUGUAAUGGACGAUGAUACAUACACGGAAGUUCACACGUUGAUCGGAGGAGAGAUAGAUAGGCAGUACAGCUUCUACCGAUCAACUAAGACGUUCACGCCGGUUGAUAUUGGCUUGACGGUUGCCACAUGGUUCGUAGAAUAUGAGCCACUUGAUGAUUCCAGUGCUCCGGAAUACCCUAAACAAAUGUUUCUGGCGUUCAUCAAAGCAAUCGAGGCCUAUCUAGUUUCACACGACGACUAUGCGUAAUUGACAGUGCAGACUUUUGAAUUCCCAGCACGAGUACGCAGUAGAGCAGGCAACAGCUCACAUGAGUUCAGCUACAUUGAAAUCAUUUCCAGCUUGUGCGAGCUCUCUAUGUACUUGAACAUUGAACAAUUUUGACUCACAUGAUCCAUAAUAGGCUCCCGUAUUCAGUUCCUCAAUAGGCUCAAUCAUUCCUGCGGUUUCGAUAAAUUGACAGAGAGUGCUCAAAUCAGCGGCCGGACGGACAUAUCUCUCUCUCUGUGUCUGUGUGUGAAACGAUAGUACAAGAGGCGAUCAUGGCGAAGAGGGCACCGCUUUCCACGAAGGCUGAUGCUGGACCGAUCGUGCAGCGUUACCUCGGCACUUCCGAGUUGAGUAGUUGUAAAAGUCUAGAUAGAUUACUUUGAGCCAGGUUUGGUGAUCGUCUGAUCGUGAUUAAGAUUACUGACACACAUGCCUAUAGCGAGAUUGACGUACUACCGAGCUGCAGCAGUGCCUUCAACCUGACACCGUGCGAAGCCACGAGAAGCUUCUAUGAUGGCUGAAUGUGGCCUGUAAUUUUUCUUUGAACGACCUCCAACACUUAAGCUGCACAGUCAAAACUUUGUGUAAAUAGCUACCUUAUCUAUGGCAGUCUGGCCACAGCUGCAACCAACUUGUAGCGCAGAUUCUAUUUCCGAACUUGAACUUGCUUGAUUGUCUAGACAAUAUAAAAUAACGCCCACCAUUCCGG